AUGCGGAGCUCGAGUGGAGUCGCCCUGGCCCGAGCACUUUCGGCAAUUCUUAGCUUGCUGUUGGUAGCAAGCGGGAGUGUCGGAGAAGGCCGCAGGGUGAGCAAUUACUCCUUCCCAGAUGAUUUCAUAUUCGGGGUAUCGACGGCCGCAUUUCAAAUUGAAGGAGGAUGGAACGAAGGGGGAAAAGGAGAAAGCAUGUGGGAUACAUAUGUUCAUGCCCACCCUGAGUACACAGCUGAUCAUUCGAAUGGUGAUGUAGCAGCUGACUCCUAUCACUUAUACAUGGACGAUAUUGACAUGAUCAAAAGUAUGGGAGUCGAUCACUAUAGGCUGUCUAUUUCAUGGCCCAGAAUUCUCCCUAACGGUACGGACAACAACAUAAGCUAUGACGGUGCAAAGUAUUACCGUACGUUGUUCAAAGAACUCCUAAAAGUUAACAUCACUCCUGUUGUUACACUUUUCCAUUGGGACAUGCCAACGCCACUCAUGGACCUCGGCGGCUGGAGUAACCCCGCUAUAGUUGAUUUCUUUGAGGACUACGCAAGGGUUGCAUUCAAUCUGUAUGGAGAUUUAGUAAAAAUGUGGACAACUAUAAACGAACCUCAUCAGCAUUGUUAUAAUGGUUAUGGUCGAGAUUACUUUGUACCAGCACUAAAGUCACACGGAAUCGGCGAGUACUUGUGCAGUCACUACAUCUUAUUAGCCCACGCUAGGGCUUACCGUUUAUACGAAAGGGAAUUUAAACCUUAUCAGAAAGGGAAGGUAGCUAUAACUCUUGACGCGUUUUGGGCUGACCCCAAAGAUCCCCAUAAACCCGAAGACGUUGAAGCAGCAGAAAAUUAUCUACAAAUGCAUCUGGGGAUAUAUGCACACCCUAUAUUCUCGGAUUUCGGCGACUACCCCAGUUUUGUUCGUGAACGAGUGAACAAUAUGAGUAGUCUUCAAGGUUUUUCAAGGUCACGUCUUCCAUAUUUCUCUGAUGAAGAGAUCAAGAUGCUUCGGGGCAGCGCAGAUUUCUUUGGUCUCAAUCACUACACAACAUUUUUAAUGAGUCCCUCAUCAAUGGAGCCGGAUUGGGAUGUUCCUUCUCUGGACCAUGAUACUGGAGUCAGAAUGGACCAAAAUCUAUCAUGGCCUAGACCUGGUGCUGAUUGGCUCACAGUAAAUCCUCCUGGAUUCCGAAAACUGAUUAAUUGGAUCCACAAUAAAUACAAUGUAUUGAAAAAAAUCCCAAUCAUUAUAACUGAGAAUGGAAUGAGUGAUAAGGGACAAACAGAAGAUUACGAAAGGGUCUCAUAUUACAACGAGUAUCUAAAUCAAGUCCUGAUAGCUAUUAAUGAAGAUGGUUGUAAUGUUAAAGGGUACUUUAGCUGGACUCUCAUGGAUGAUUUCGAAUGGAAUGACGGCUAUACGACGAAAUUCGGCUUGUUCAAAGUUGAUUUCGACAGCCCAUUGAAAACGAGGACACCAAAGCUUUCUGCCCACAAUUUCGCCAACAUCGUGCGCACGCGACUCAUUGACUUCGACUAUAUAAAACCGCCGUCAGAAUUUAAUAGAUUGCUUGAAUAGAUCCCGAACCAAUUGCAUUAAUUUAUGAGUCUAGUUAUAGUUUUAUUUAUGAAUUAAAUGUAAGCCACCCA